CCCCUCUACUUACCGAGGGCAUAAGCCAUAGCUUCACGUCCAUAAAAAUAUCGAGUUCAAUAUAUAUAACAUAGAAUGGUUGGGUUGUGGAACAAAAGCAAGUAUGCAUUAAUCACCCCUAGGAUAAUUUGCUAGUAAGGUUAAGUUGAAACUCUCAAAAUUUCGAAAUAAUAGAUCUUUCAAUUAUAUCUACAUUAAUCACCUCUAGGGAUUCAAGGAUUAUUAAAGAACGUUUUUACUGAUAGCAUGGAGGUGUAUGUCUAAAUGGAGAUGGUAAAGGUCCAAGGCAGCAAAAUUGUAAUCUUUCCGUGGAUUCUUAAAUUAUCUCUGAGGACUUUUCUUCGUUUCCUGGCUUACCACACUCAGAGGGUUUUCUCUAUUUGCUGCUACUAUCAUCCUUGUUCUGUGCUUGGAAAACUUACUUCCCCUUUUCAGUUCCACCUAAACUUGAUGCUGUCUACAUGACAUGGAGGUACAACACCUUUUUUGUUUUACCCAUCUAGGUUGCAGCAAAACUCUCGGAUGGUGCCGCCGUUCAGCUUUAUCAAAGCUCCCCAGAUAGGUGUUAUGUAUUCAUACUAUAUGAUUCCACAUCUAUAUCAGAAUUUUAAUCAACACGAAUGGCAAAAUUAUAAAACAUUAAGCUAUAAACACAAUGCAAUUUUUUGAAACAAAUGGGGAAACAGGGCGCAUGAUAAUGAAAAAGAAAAAGCACAGAAAGCACUUGAUAUACAGAUUAGACACCCGAAAUCACAACCAAAAUCUUCAAGAGAUAGUCAUGUAUAAUGAACCAAUAUAUUCGAUCCCAAUUCAAUUAAAUCAAGUAAACUCGAUUAAGAAAUAAGGAUUGCAAGUUUGGAAUCGGGAAUACCUUUGCAUGAUUCUGAUACUGCAGAUUGUAAUUGUAUUGAUUCCGCAGAACUACAAUGUGUCGAACUUCUGCUAAAAAAACUCUACUUCAGAUUCUUCUUCUCCUUAAAACUUAAGAAUCCCAAUUACCCGAUGCAAAAUCUUAAUCUUCUCCUGUUCAAAGAUUUUAAUUUCUCCCACAGGAGGGUAGUCCCUGGCUCAAGUCCUUCCAUUUAAGACGGAACCCACGUCGGUAGGGUCCGAGAGUCUGAGUUCGCCUAGGUUGUCGGAGUGAAGAUCGUGGAAAGAUCAGUGAAGAUUAAAAAGGGGAUGAAACAAAACCCUAAAUCCCAAAAAGUGUUGCAGAUCUCUUUCAAAGUCCAUGUUUUAGAUUAACGGAGAAUCCAUGCGUUUUUUUCUCCAUUUUACUCAAAUUUGCUUCUCAGCAUUUGAUUUGAUCCAUAUCCCCCACAAAAUUCUCGUCGAAAACUCAACUGAAUCGACUGGAGCUACGAAAUGACGGCAUACAAAGUAGAUGAUGAUUACAAUUACCUAUUCAAGGUGGUGAUGAUCAACGAUUCAGGUGUGGGCAAAUCCAAUUUGUUAUCUCGAUUUACCAAGGACGAGUUCAGUCUCGAAUCCAAAUCCACAAUCAGAGUCAAAUUUGCCACCUAGAGCAUCUGGGUUGAUGAUAAGAUUGCCUAGGUUCAUACUUCGAUUUGCUCCUCCUUUUCUUCCAUCUAGCAGCUUUGCUUUGCUUGUCUAGGUUCAUACUCCUAGAUCUGUGUUUUUUGCUUCAUGAGAACACUUAUUAUUCAGGGAUCCUCGACCACCAUGAUAGGAAUUUUUGGGUUCUUCGAUCUUAAUCUAGUGUUGGAACAAUUCCUUCGCUUUUUAAGAGAAUUUUUCCUUUAGAUGAAUGCAGAAUAUGACAUAAUGUGAAAGAAUUGUCAGAAAAGAAAAGGUGGCCAUCUGAAAAGAGGAGUUUUUUUGUCAGGCACUGAGUCUAUCACCUAAGAGAACAUAGCAUCCUUCCUCCAUAUGCAUAUUGUAAUAGAAGGGGGUGGGCAUCUCCCUAUCUGCAUAAUUUUCUUUUUCUUUCUAAAAAAAAUUGAAGUUUUUUUUAUUUAUAUAAGAAAAAAAAUGGAAAGUUUAACCAUUGAAUCAUUGCAUCUUUGAAGUUGUACUUUUUACCUUAUCUAGGCAUGGUUCGCUGCAUGUUGGAAUCUACUUUGAUGGUACAAGAUUGGUAACUGCAGGUUCUUUCAAUGCCGGCUGCAAAUUUAUCUUGUUCAUUUUAUAUUUAAAAACUUUAAAGUAAGUGUGCAUUACCUCUUAAACACUAUAUUGGACCAGAAUCUUGUUUUCCAAAUGGAUCUAUAAACGGACAGUAGACUGAGAGCCAAGAUUUGAUGGAUUAUCUGGUUAAGCCAGGAUCAAGUGUUUUGUAAUUUGAUUUACUUAUUAACUUUACUUCAGUUUGUAAUGGUUUUUCCCUUAACUAAAAUUUCAAUGGAUUUGUAAUGUCAUUAUUGAGAUCAGUUGGUUGUUCCUUUUAGAAAGUCGAACUGUUAAAGUGCUUGGAGUCAAUGUCUUAUCAGUUUUUUCAUAUUUGGAGGAUUAGUUUCAUACUAAUGGAUGGAGCUCUGCUGCAGUAUUUCUAAAUCCUAUUUAAUGCCUUAACCAAUGUCUCCCACAUUUGGGUGAGCACUUUUAUCAUCUUUUCUGCUUUUAAGAAAAAUAAUUCCUAAAAGGGUGGGAAGAUAAGGUAGAACUUGGGAGAAUGAUCUUUGAGAUCUGGGCAGUCACUGUGGAUUGAUGGGUCAAUCCAUGGUUUGGACAGAUGAAAAGCACAAUUUAUAUCUUGAUUUAUUAGAAGCAUCAUUUGUCAAGCAGUUGCAUCAUUCCAUGAGUUUUUGUGGGUGGCAUUCGGGAGAAGAAAUGCAGGAUCCAUCAAGCCAGCCAGUAGCCAGAGAACAUAAUUCAUCUGAUCAGUUUAUGGUUCUUCAAGAUAGCUGCAGGCAGAAGAUAAACCUUGAAAGAAACGAAACUUUGUUGGAUAGCACCGCUGAUUCUACUGAUAUUCUGGAAAGUCCGUGGAUACAUUAUUCUGCAUCUGCAGGUGAACACUACUCAACAAUGUCUGCUCAUCCCCAAGAAAAGAUGGUUCAUGGUAAAGGGAUGCGCUCUAGAAGUAAUAUGGACUUGUGCGUAUCAGCAAAAAUUUCAAGGCAACAUCAUGAAUGUUAUUCCUGCAAGCAGAGUUUUAGUGGCAGCUCUGCUGAGGCCUCUGGUCAGAAUUUUGAGGAUGAAAACCAAGGAGCAAAAACCAACUCUGUCUCUAGGGCAAAAAGGUUGAAGGCUGCAACAGUAGAUGCUUCAAGCAGUGAUCAAGUUGUACCUUUGGGAAAUUUUCAUUUGGUUGAUAAGUCAACCAUCAUUGAAGCUGAUACCUCCUCAAAGAGAGGGAAAAAGAAAUUGUUAUCAGAACAACCAGAGAGCUUCAGCAAACCCCAGUCUGACAUGCAUUACUUUUUAAGGGGCAGUUAAGUUGCAACUGGUAACAAGGCAACUAGAAGACAGAUCUUAAGAGAAUGAAACUCAAAGACAUUAUUUUUGGUGAUUUUCCUAUGCAUACUUCCUGCCAGAAUCCUGUGGUGGUUUUGCAGCCAAAAAGAUUUGAUCCAAGAUUAAAGUUGCAAGGAAAUAUACCCAUCUGCAUUGCUGUGCAAAUCCCUAACUAUGCAUACUGUAUCAAAUUUUUUUGGUCUCUGAAGUUUAUGGAGUUUAUGGUAGGUAUUGGAGCUGGUUAGCUAUUGAGAUGCAUUCAUACUUAAAUGAUGAUUUUCCUCCAAUUAAAUGGAGUAAAGGUCCUAUAUUCCCUUAUCCUUCAUUUAAUUAAAGGAAAUUCAUUUCCUCUCCUUUCCCGUUUCCUCUCCUUUCCCGUUUCCCUCAGUCUAAACAUGGGGUUAAAGUAGGCUUAACAAACCAUCUAUGUAAAAUAUGGAAGAGUUUAUGGGCCAUUGCUAACAAGGGAGUUGUUUUGAAGCUUUCAGUCAUGUUGCUUUUAGCACUAAUGUCUUCUUUUACCUAGAUUUAUCCAAGUUUGUUAGCCAUGAAUAUAUGUUUUGAUUCUAAGGGAGGGAUCCCACCAUUUUGAUGUAAUUUUCGUUGUUACUGUUUGGAUGUGUUAAUCAAGAUUUAAGGAUUCAAACCCUUGAAGGUUUUGUGAAUAUUGUCUAGGAAAAUGUAAUAUUGCUUUGCUCAAGCAAAUGAAAAUCCUGUAAAGGUUUGCUUUACUAUGGUCGGUGUCUUUAAGUUCUACGGUAUAGUUUUUCAAGGGGACGUGGUCUCUUCUGAGCUAUUUGAGGAUGCUGAGCCUCUAUGGUGGUCUAGGUUAACUCUCAAAGU